AUGUCCGCCACGCCCAAGCUUUUCCAACCGACGAAAGUCGGUGACAUCACCCUCGCCCACCGCGUCGUCCUCGCCCCCAUGACCCGCCUACGCAACACCGACGCGCACGUGCCGACCGUGCUCGGGCUCGAGUACUACAGACAGCGCGCCAGUGUGCCUGGGACGCUCCUCAUCACCGAGGCCGCGUACAUCGCUGCUCAGGCCGGCGGGCAGCCCAACGCGCCCGGUAUCUACAACGCUGAGCAGAUCGCUGCGUGGAAGACGAUCGUCGAUGCGGUGCACGCGAAGGGCUCGUUCAUCUACCUCCAGUUGUGGGCACUCGGUCCGUCUCCCAUCCCGCUCAGCGAGCACCCCGACGACAUUCCCCGCGCGCUGACCAUUGACGAGAUCCGCGAGUACGUCAACUGGUUCGCGCAAGCCGCCAAGAACGCGGUCGACGGUGCGGGCUUCGACGGCGUCGAGUUCCUCCAGGACGUCUCGAACACGCGUACGGACGUCUACGGUGGCUCCGUCGAGAACCGCGCGCGCUUCAUGCUCCAGGUCGUUGACGCCGUCACGCUCGCCGUCGGCCAGAAGAAGACCGCGCUCCGGAUCAGCCCGUGGAGCGAGUACCAGGACAUGCGCAUGAAGGACCCCGUCCCGACGUUCACCUACCUCGUGCAGCAGCUCGCGAAGCGCUGGCCCGACCUCGCGUACCUCCACGUCGUCGACGCCGGUGGUCCGGGAAACAAGGGCCCGAGGACCCAAAGACACCGCGAGCUGACUGCGCGGGUGCAGCAACUCUCGUUCGUCCGCGACCUCUGGAGCCCGCGCCCGCUGGUCUCGACUGGGGGCUACGACCGCACGGGCGGCGUCAAGACCGCGGAGGAGACGGGCCAGCUCAUCGGCUACGGCCGGCCGUUCGUCGCGAACCCGGACCUGCCCGCCGAGGGCUACACAACGUACCCGUUCUCGGAGGAGUUCGUGAAGGCCGAGCAGGCGAAGGCCGCCGUCCCCGCGACGAAGGAGAAGGGGUCGGCGGCUCACACGAAGGAGCUCAAGAAGAUCGUGGCGUAG